CGGCGAUUGACCACCAGAAUUUUGCCUGAACAAAUCGAGUUACAUAACUAUCGGUAGCUCAACAGAAACCAUAACAGCUAUUUCUCUGCGUCCCACUUGUCUUCAGUUCUAAUUACCCUUCCCUUCCAUAUCCCAUAAUCCAUAUCAGAUCACAUCCAAUAGAAUGGAGUCAGACCCUGGAUUUAUUGCUGCCCUCGAGGAGGCAAAGCAAGGUUACGCCGAAGGUGGAGUUCCUAUCGGCGCGGCGUUGGUCUCCAAAGAUGGCAAAAUCCUUGGCCGUGGACAUAAUAUGCGCGUUCAGAAGGGGAGUGCGACAUUACAUGCCGAGAUGUCUGCCCUGGAGAACUCAGGCCGCCUUCCCGCUUCCGCUUAUGAAGGUGCCACCAUGUAUACGACCUUGUCUCCCUGCGAUAUGUGCACGGGUGCCUGCAUCCUCUAUAAGGUGAAGCGCGUAGUCAUUGGAGAGAACAAGAGCUUUAUGGGCGGGGAGGAAUAUCUUAAGAACCGUGGCAAGGAACUGGUUGUCUUGGACAACGAGGAGUGCAAGCAGUUGAUGGAGAAAUUUAUGAAGGAGAAGCCGGAGCUCUGGAAUGAGGAUAUUGCCGUCUAAGCCCUGAAUAUAUCAUAGGCUAAUCAGCUAUUCGCCGAUGAGUUGCAGGGUAUGAGGAAUCACAAUGUAAAUAGUCAGAGCCUCAGUCCUACAGGAAUCAUUGCCAUGACCAAGUG